UAACAUUAUAUGUUAACGUCACUGCUGCUGCCACAAGGAAUUAAACGUGAUGUCGUUCGAUUAAUUUAGCUGAAAUGAAAAGCAUUUGUACCAAGGUGUACUAGUACAGGAAUGCUAAGCUAAUAAGCUACCCCCUUGCCCUGGAUUUUUGGGGGGCGCUUGUCAGAAGGUAGGUUAGGCCUUGCGUGGUCCGUUUGGGGCUCCGCUUCUGUUGGUUGAGUGUUGAGCCGAGCAGUGUGAGCCACAGUCCCUGAACGGGGACAGAACACACCCAAGACAGUGUGUGUGUGUGUAUACGUGCCUUCAUGAGGAUCCUGGUGAGAUGAAUAAGCCGCCGCAGCCUCUAACGGGUCCCCCCCCCUCUGCUCUCCCACACCCCCCCCGCACCCUCCCCCGGCCUCCCGCAGCCUGGCUUCCCACCUCAGCAGCCGUCUGUUGUGUUUGCCACACCCCCUCCAAUGAACCCUGCACAGCAGCCUCCCCGACGUACCGCGCCCCCUAUGUCACACCGCAGCAGUACCAGGUCACAGGAUCCCCUGGGUUCUACCCCGGAACCAGCCCAGGAGAUUACGCUGGUCCGUACUAUCCGGCUCAGCCCCAGUUUACUCCCCCUGUUCAGCCUGCUGCCCCUGUGCUCAUAAGCCCCGCCCCCCAGCAACAGGCUCCUCCCCAACAACAGCAGCAAGCUCAACCCAAACGGGAACGCAAACAGAUACGUAUCAGAGACCCUAACCAGGGUGGAAGAGACAUCACAGAAGAGAUUAUGUCAGGUGGUAGAUCCGCCUUGACCCCAACUCCCCCACAGUCUGCCAUGUCAGUCCCAGAGGGGGGAGCUGGUCCCCAUGCCAACGGUGAGAACGCCUCACCUGCUGCUAUGGCACCCAAAACAGAUUCCAAAGGGAAGGCUCUGCCCCCUCGGGCCAUGCCCCUCUCACAGGAAGUGCCCAUCCCCCCCGGGGAGGACCUGCUUUCAGACGCGCCCCCGACGCCUCCCCCAACCAGCCCCAUUAGCGACACGGUGGAUGCGCCUCCCCCUCCCGCCCUGCUCCUCAAGAAGAAGCCUCCGGAACCGCCCUCGGCUCCGCCUCCAGGUGUGACGAAAGCGACGCUUGCCGUGGCGUCGGUGUCCCAGCCGCUGGAGUCUCCGAUCGCGCAGCCAGAGGAACUGCAGCUGUACAACGGCCUGGCACCAGGGGGCGCCGUGCACGUCAGCCCCAUCGCCGAGCCAGACACGCAGAGAGAGGCCCCACUGCCCUCCGCUGAUGCCCCCCCGCACACCCCCUCUGCCAAGGAGACGCCCGCACCAACCCCCAAAGAUGCUCCGCUUCUCCGAGCCAAGGACACACCUGCUGCUGUGGCGGUGGAAACACCUGCAUCUGUCGUGAAGGACACACCUGCCUGUGUCGUCAAGGAGACAUCUCCACCUCUCGUCAAGGAGACGCCUGCACCAAUUGUCAUGGAAGUGUCUGUUCCCUUUGUCAAGGAAACACCUUCAGCUGUUGCCAAGGAGAGGUCUGAACCUGUUGUCAAGGAGACGCCUGCAGCAGUUACCAAGGAGACGCCUGCAGCAGUGGUCAAGGAGACGCCUGCAGCAGUGGUCAAGGAGACGCCUGCAACAGUGGUCAAGGAGACGCCUGCAACAGUGGUCAAGGAGACGCCUGCAACAGUGAUCAAGGAGACGCCUGCAACAGUGAUCAAGGAGACGCCUGCAACAGUUGCCAAGGAGACGCCUGCAACAGUUGCCAAGGAGACGCCUGCAACAGUUGCCAAGGAGACGCCUGCAGCUGUGGUCAAGGAGAGUUGUGAGCCUGUUGCCACGGCUCCAGUUGCAGAUGCUAAGAUGGCUGCCACUCCUGUUGUAAUGGAGAGGGCCAGUAAGGCUGACCCUGGUGCAUGUCCUGCACUAGCCCCUGGACCAAUCUCUGAGCCAGUCGCCCAGGCAACUGUUGCCGAGGCCAAUCCUCGUCCCAUUGUCAAAGACACACCUCAGACUGUUGCCACAAAAAGCCAAUCAGAUGUCACUGCCAAGGCAACGCCUGUUACUACUGGCCUCCCCGAGGAGAGGGACGAUGCGCCCCCCCCACAAGCCCCUGCUCCAGAAAGCACUAUGCAAGCUGCUAUCUCUGUGCCAAAGAAGAAGAGGAAGAUGAAGGACCUAAACAAAAAGGAGGCGGUGGGAGACCUUCUUGACGCCUUUAAAGAGACCGUGCCGACACCCCCUGAACCGGAGAAGACCACGCCCAUAGUCCCACCCCCUAAGGAAGAGGCCACACCCACAGUCACGCCCGCUGAGGAACUUGACGAGACGUGGGAGGAGAAAGAGGACAAGCUCGAUGCAGCGAACAGCCAACCACAACGUCCCCCUCUGGCCACACCCCCCGAGAACAGCCAACCACCACGCUCCUCCCCGGCCACACUCCCCGAGGACAGCCAACCACAAAUCCCCUCUCUGGCCACACCCCCCGAGGACAGCCAACCACUGAACUCCUCCCCGGCCACACCCCCUGAGAACAACCAAUCAAAGCGCUCGUCGCCGGCCACGCCCACUGAACAGAUAUAUCAGUACAAAGAGGAGGAAUGGAAGCCUGUGGACCUGGAGGCUAAGAAGAGCUAUGACCGAGAGUUCCUGCUUGGCUUCCAGUUCAGUAGCGCCUGUAUGCACAAACCAGAGGGCCUGCCACACAUCAGCGACGUGGUGCUGGACAAGGCUAAUAAGACUCCUCUGCGGCCCAUGGAUCCGUCUCGGCUGCCCAGCAUGAGCUCUGGGCCGGACUUCACACCCUCCUUCGCCAACCUCGGCAGACAGCCCUCGGGCGGACGAGGACCGCCGUCCUCUGGUCUGCCCGGUCCGAGGCGUUCUGGUCAGGGUGCGCGUAAGGAGCCGCGUAAGAUCAUCACCAGCAUGUCUCUGAGCGACGACGUCCAGCUGAACCGCGCCGAGAAGGCCUGGAAGCCGGGGGCCAAGCGCCGAGUCGGGGGGCCGGAGGGAGGUGGGCGGCGGGGUGGCGGCAGCGAUGGCCAGACGGAGGAGCUGUUCCGGCGCGUCCGCAGCGUGCUCAACAAGCUGACCCCACAGAUGUUCCAGCCGCUCAUGAAGCAGGUCACGGAGAUGGUCAUCGACACCGAGCCCCGCCUUAAGGGCGUCAUCGACCUGGUGUUCGAGAAGGCCAUCUCCGAGCCCAACUUCAGUGUAGCCUACGCCAACAUGUGCCGCUGCCUCAUGGGGCUGAAAGUGCCUAUGGCGGAUAAGCCUAAUGUCACGGUGAACUUCCGCAAGCUUCUGCUGAACCGCUGUCAGAAGGAGUUUGAGAAGGACCAGGACGACGACGAGAUCUUCGAGAGGAAGCAGAAAGAGUUGGAGGCUGCCACAGAGGAGGAGGUGCAGCAGCGCCUGAAGGAGGAGCUGGAAGAGGCCAAGAACCAGGCGCGGAGGCGGUCGCUAGGCAACAUCAAGUUCAUCGGGGAGCUGUUCAAGCUGAAGAUGCUGACGGAGCCCAUCAUGCACGACUGCGUGGUCAAGCUGCUCAAGCACCACGACGAGGAGAGCCUGGAGUGCCUCUGCCGCCUGCUGUCCACCAUCGGCAAGGACCUCGACUUCCACAAGGCUAAGCCACGGAUGGAUCAGUACUUCCACCAGAUGGAGAAGAUCAUUAAGGAGAGGAAGACCUCCUCAAGAAUCCGCUUCAUGCUGCAGGAUGUGCUGGACCUCAGACGGUCCGGUUGGGUGCCUCGGCGUGGUGACCAGGGUCCGAAGACCAUCGAGCAGAUCCAUAAAGAUGCGGAGUUGGAGGAGGCGCGGGAGCAGGUGAAGGUCCAGCAGCAGCUGCUGUCCAAGAAGGACGGCCGAGGGGGGGGUCCAGGAGGCCCGCGGGGGGGGCCACACACACACGCGGCUGGGGGCAGCCGAUCCGCCAACCAGGCGCCAGACGAGGGCUGGAACACUGUGCCCAUCUCCACCAAGAACCGCUCCAUCGACCCCACGCGCCUCACCAAGAUAACCAAGCCCGGAGCGCUGGACUUGAAUACCACACUUCUGGCCCCAGGGGGUAAAGGGAUGUGGGGCAGCUGGGGCAAAGGAAGCAGCGGAGGGACUGGAACCAAGCCCAGCGACGCCGCUCAGGACUCUGCUCGUACCAGUACUCUGAAUCGUUUCUCAGCGCUGCAGCAACCUUCGUCCUCAGCACCGGAACCCGACAGGAGAGCCCCACAGAGGAACAGUUCCAGUCGGGAGCGGGGAGAUCGCUUCGAUCGGAUGGAUCGGGGCGGAGACCGCUUGGAGCGGCGUGAUGACCGGGGGGUGGAGCGUAGCCGCGAGGAGCGUCAGCGGGAGGAGCGUCCCCGCGCGCCCAUGAGCACGCGCAGCUACAGCCACGAGAGAGACCAGCGGCCGGCAGACGCCAUGCGCCGCGUUGCCAGUGGCAACAACCAAUCAGAGCGCGGUAGUCGCGAGCGGGGCGGGAGCAAAGAGAGCGUGAAGCGUGAAACUGCCCCCACUCCCCCCCCUGCCCCGACUAAACCAGCUCUGAGUGAAGAGGAGAUGGAGAAGAAAUCCAGCGCCAUCAUCGAGGAGUACCUCCACAUCAACGACCUGAAGGAGGCUCUGCAGUGUGUGUCUGAGCUGCAGUGUCCCUCCCUGCUGGGCUUGUUUGUGCGCGUGGGCAUCGAGGCGACUCUGGAGAGAAGCUCCAUGGCCCGGGAACACAUGGGUAUGCUGCUCCAGCAGCUCAUCAAAGCAGGAACGCUCAGCACACAACAGUACUACAAGGGUCUCUAUGAGAUCCUGGAGGUGGCUGAGGACAUGGCCAUUGACAUUCCCCACAUCUGGCUCUACCUGGCUGAGAUCAUUGCUCCCAUGCUCCAGGAGGGAGGCAUCCCCAUGGGCACGCUCUUCAGGGAGGUGGCCAAGCCGCUGCAGCCUAUGGCAAAAGCAGGAGUGUUGCUGGCUGAGAUCCUCAACCUGCUCUCCAAAGGAAUGAGUCAUAAAAAGAUUGCAUCUAUGUGGCUGGAGGCGGGGCUUAACUGGAGGGACUUCCUGCCGGAGGACGAAGACGUCAACAAGUUUGUGACUGAAAAGACGGUAGAGUACACCGUGGGCUCAGAGACGGAGAAGCGAGCCGAGCUGCGCAGUCCUCAACAGCUGAGAGAGGAGCUAGAGCGCCUCCUGCAGGACAAACCAGACAACCAGCGCAUCUACGACUGGGUGGAGGCGAACCUGGAUGAGAAGCAGGUGGUGUCCAGUGCGUUUGUGAGAGCAUUGAUGAUCGCCGUUUGUCAGGCUGCAGUCAUCUGUGAGAAGCCUUAUAAGGUGGACGUGGAGCAGAUUACCCAGAGGGCCGUGCUGUUGCAGCGCUACCUGAAAGGUGAGGAGAAGGAGCUGCAGGCCCUCUACGCCCUCCAGAGUCUGAUGGUGCAACUGGAACAACCGCCCAACCUGCUGCGGAUGUUCUUUGACGUUCUGUACGACGAGGACGUGAUCCGGGAGGAGGCGUUCUACCGCUGGGAGUCGAGUAAGGACCCGGCGGAGCAGGUGGGCAAAGGCGUGGCCCUAAAGUCCGUCACCGCAUUCUUCACCUGGCUACGGGAGGCCGAGGACGAAUCAGACAACAGCUAGAGACAGGCCCCGCCCCCGGUGCUGUGGAGCGCCGGACGGGACGGGACGGGAGGAGGAGGAGACUCGUGGAGCGGAGCGGGAGAGAGAGAGUGGCGUGGGCCGCGUGGGAGCGCUUGUGUUGAAUGUGUUUCAGAUGCUGCCUUCUGUCCUCACAGGGCCCAGCUCCAGGCCUGCAGUGCGUUCUGGGAAAAUAGACUCUCUUUUCCCCCCUCUUAAUUUAGUUUUCUCUCUCUCACUCUCUCCCUCUCCUCGAUGUCCUGUUGCCAUAGGGAAUCCAUGACAACCGAAGAGAGUGUGUGUGUGUGUGAAAGUAAUGCUGUUCAAAUCUUUAUUUUUCAGAAAUUGUGUGGAUGGGAUUCUCUGUGUGUGUGUGUGUGUGUGUGUGUGUGUGUGUGUGUGUGUGCGUGAGACAGGCUUCUGCAGUGUGACUUUGUUCUUCCUGGUUUUCAUACGUGGGAAGGAUAUGCUAAUGAGGACAGCAAUGGGAAGCUGUGAUCGGCUCCUGCUCACUUCCUGUCUGUAGAGUGACAGGACAGGGGCGAGGCCAACAAAGGAUGUGAACUUUGAACUUUGUCUGCCGAGUGGGCAGCGCUGUCCAAACAGCCCCCUCUGGCCCCUGGACGUCAUCCCCCUUUCUCAGAAAGGAGAAGAGAAGAGAAGAGAAGGAGGGAUGGGCAAAGGACGAGUAUGAGGCACUAAUGUCUCAACUUGAAAUCCUCUCCUGAGGCCGCUGGGACGCGCGCGCGUGCGUGCGUGUGUGUGUGUGUGUGUGUGUGUGGAACACACUCGUUUGAAGAGAAACGACUUCUUGCUUUUCUUCUGAAAGCGCUUAACCACCCCACUUGUUCUCCACACUCGUUCUUCAUCCCUCGCUCCCUCUCUCUUCAUGGCCGAGGGAGAGGUGGAGGCACCCAGUUUAUUGAUUACAAAUUGAAUCACAUUUUUGUAAAUAAUUUUUUGUUUUGUGUUCUGUCUGGGCUUUUCUUUCUGAAGUAUUUAAUGAAGAGAAAACUAAUAGCUUCUUUACACAGCUCUGAACUGGACAAAACAAUAAAUAAUAUUGCAGUUAAAAAGCA